AUGGGCUCGCCGCCAUCCGCCAUGGGCUCGCCGCCAUCCGCCAUGGGCUCGCCGCCAUCCGCCAUGGGCUCGCCGCCAUCCGCCACGCUCUUGUUGCCAUCCGCACCUUCGCAACCUUACGGCUUGCCACCCUUACGGACGGGGCGGGCGACGGGGCUGGCCAACGCUGCUGUCGACAAGGGAGGAAGAGGGACGAUAUCCGUUGAUACGUUGGCUAGGCUACCUGUGUUAGGAGGGACAGGAAUGGCAGGGGCCAUGGGCGCGAAGACGUGCGCGGCGAACUUUUGA